AUGGAUAAACCCGAAUCCAGUUCCAACGUUUCGCUCGAGAAGGAAAUUGAGUAUCUCUAUCUGGAGCUAGAAACGCCGCUCCCCACCCCAUGUAUUACUUUACCCCCAAGCGCUGGUCAAUCCGCAGCACCAGAGGCUCCAAGCCUGGAGAAAUAUACUUCCCCGUUUAUAUGGCCUUGGUCGCGGAAAUGGAUGAUGACUUGGAUUGCUUGCGCCGUUACGGCGUUGGCUGGUUAUUCGGCUGGUGAAGUUAGUCCGGCGUCGGAUUUGUUAACCAAGGAGUGGGGGAUCAGCACUACGGCGUAUACUACGAGUAUCACGAUCUUUUGUAUUGGAUUUGCCUUGGCUCCUAUGCUUCUGGCUCCUUUCUCGGAAAUCAACGGUCGCCGACCUAUUUUCGUUGCAAGUGGCGUUGUUUUUGUUGCUUGCUUGAUUGCAUGCGGAGGAACACAUUCCUUUGCUGGAUUUUUGGUUGCCCGUUUCUUUCAGGGAUGCGGUGCUUCUACAUUCUCCACUAUGGUCGGCGGCGUCAUUAGCGAUAUCUUUCAUGCUGAAGACCGAAAUACCCCGAUGGCCCUCUUCGCCGGUUCAGCAUUGUUUGGAACAGGAUUGGCACCUUUAGUCGCCGGUGUUAUUGUCACUCACUCCAGCUGGCGUUGGAUUUAUUAUUCACAUGCCAUUGUCUCUGCUGUCUUCGUGGUGAUCAUUUAUUUCUUUUUCAAGGAAACUCGUGGAAGUGUUCUACUCAGCCGCAAGGCUGGCGCUUUAAAUAGAUACUAUGAGGAGCUUGAACAGGCAGGCCACGUCGGUGUCAUUAUGUCUUCUGAGGACCACCCAGCAGAAAAGACGGUUCGCCGCAUUAGAUGGAGGGUCAAGAGUGACGAACAGCGUGCUUCACUGAUGACUGCUGUUCAAAUCUCGCUAUAUCGGCCUUUCCACAUGCUCUUCACCGAGCCCGUCGUCUUCUUCUUCUCCCUAUGGGUAUCCUUCAGCUGGGCCACUCUCUACCUCCAAUUUGGCUCUAUUCCACUUGUCUUCAACAACAACCACAACUUCACAAUUGAGCAGACCGGCGCCGUCUUUACCUCAAUGUGUGUCGGUGUCAUCAUCAUCACAAUUAUCAGUCUUGUCCAAGAAAAGAUUGCCAUGAGGUUCGGCAAACUGUCCUCCUCAGCUGAAGCCCGUCUCUACUUCGUCUGCGUCGAAUCCAUUCUUCUCCCUAUCGGUCUCUUCUGGUUUGGAUGGAGUUCCUUCCCAUCUGUCCCAUGGAUCGUCCCAUCUCUCGCAGUCGGUUGUGCGACUAUGGGUAUUUUCUCCAUCUACCUGGCUACAUUCAAUUACCUAGCGGAUGUGUACCACAGAUACGCUAGCUCAGCAAUUGCGGCACAAUCUUGCUGCCGAAACUUGCUUGGUGGUAUCUUCCCUUUGGUUACUAGACCCAUGUUCCAAAAUCUCGGAUACCCCGAGGCUUCAAGUCUACUCGGUGCCAUUGGACUUGUACUCACCCUUGUUCCCUGGGUGCUGGCAUUCUACGGACCAAAAAUCCGAGCCCGCAGUAAGAUGGCUAGCGAGCUGAACCAAUGA